AUGCCUAAGCCGAAGGUGGUGCCGGGCAAGCAAACAGCUGAGCGGCCGGCAUUACGUGGAGGAGCUAGAGGUCGUUUGCGAGGUCCAACACUUGCUUCAAGGCGUGCAGCCAUCAUGCGUACACAGCCGGUAUCGCUUCUAGUAUUUGAGAUUCUGGAGCCUGUUGAAGAUGACUUAGUGGAAGAAUAUCUACCUCUUGGACAGCAAGUUCGACGAUUGCGUCCACCUGUUUUCUAUAGACGACCCAUAGAAGAACGAGUGACUCUUCCGCCACCACCGCAAGUAGUCUAUGUUCCCGUACCCGUACGUAGCAACAGAAGACACAAUGGCAGAGGUUUGCGCGGCCGUGGAGUCCAGCGAGGAAUCGGGUAUGUUUAUUCGGUCGUCUUCUAAAU